AUGGGACAUAAUCAUGACAUAUCACCUGACAACUAUACAGACAAUCGCAACUACACAUUUCCUGACACGGUCAUCUUUAACGUGUCUUUUGACGACACCUACGACUACAGCUAUGACCACUUCCUGCCCUCCUCUGGCUCCUGCGAUGCCCUGUGUCUCUGCAUCCUGGUACUCUGCAUCAUCACCUCCAUCCUGGGCGUCUUGGGAAACGGCCUCGUCAUCGGGAUCCUCGUUCUGAGGACAAAGCGCUCGGUCAACUCCUCCUGGUACUUCAGCCUGGCGGUGUCGGACCUCUUGCUCUGCGUCACACUUCCUUUCAACUGUGCGUACUGGAUCGCUGGAGAGUGGCAUUUUGGGGAUGUGAUGUGUAAGUUCAUCAACCUGGCCAUGCCUUUAAACAUGUACAGCAGCAUAUUCCUUCUGGUCGUCAUCAGUGUCGACCGCUGCAUGUGUGUUAUGUUGCCCGUGUGGUCUCAGAACCACCGCACUCUGGGUGGCUCCUCCGUCGUCAUCGUAACCGCCUGGAUUCUCUCUAGUGCCUUGUCUGUUCACAACCUCGUCUUUUAUUCCACAGAUAUAAGAUAUGAUGUUCAUGAUAGGAUGGAUGUGAUUGUUUGUGGUCAGUAUGGCACAGACGCACAGAAGCAAACCAUCGUUGCAGUUGGUUUCAUAUUUGGACUUGCUCUUCCUUUGGUCGUUAUAGUCAUUUGCUAUGCCAUCAUUAUGCGGAAGCUGAGAGUCAACCGUAUGACGAGGUCUCCCAAACCAUUCAGAGUCAUGACGGCAGUUAUAAUCACAUUUGUCAUCUCCUGGCUGCCCUAUCAAAUCUUUCGUAUGCUGGCCGCCAACCAGGUUCCCAAUAUUGAAAGGGGGAUCGUCAUGUCCACCAUCCUGGCCUACGCCAACAGUCUCAUGAACCCCGUCUUGUACUCCCUGAUGGGCCAAGACUUCAGACAUGGCUGCUGCAUCUGCAGCGGCUCCCUGUGUGCACGGAUGGAGAACGCCUUGCAGCAGGAGGACCAGGCUACGAAAACAGGGCCUAUUUCUACAUCAGCAGAUCAAACCAAUUCUGUUUAA